CCUUAAUGGCAUUCAGUUGCGAUCUGUAUGUUUCACGGUGCAUACGUCUUUAGUCCGAGUGAAAAACCGUUUUGUGAUAAUAUUUUUACACACGGAAUUAAUUUGAAAGUCACCGCGCAGAGAAAUGGCGGCGACGAAAUAUUCCCACCCGUUCCUAUACGGUUUAAAACCAUUUCCAGAGGGACACGACGACGUUAUACAGGAAGUGAGAGAAUGGAUGAAAAGUCAGCCACACUUGCCGUACAUAUCAGAUGAGUUCAUUGUACUUUUUCUUCACUCUAACUACUACAAGGUGAAGGAAUCCGAAACCACUAUAGAAGCAUAUUUUACUCUAAGAUACAAUACGCCUGAACUUUUUACUCAGCGUGAUCCUUUGCUGCCAAAAAAUAAAGUCAUUCUGGAAGUGACGCAAAUGGUGGCAUUACCUAAAGUAACACCGGAAGGACACCAUAUCCUGUUAUACCGUCUGGCAGACACAGAUUAUAGUAAAUUGUGCUUCGCAGACGCAGUGAGAGUCUUCUGCAUGUUUAAUGAUAUCAAACUGUCUGUGGACAGGCUCUCUGAGGGAUAUAUUGUGAUUUUCGAUAUGAAAGGAUGUAGUAUUGGACAUUUGACCAGAGUGACGCUACCCGCACUCAGAGCUUUUAUGCAAUAUAUACAAGUAGCCCACCCAGCGCGCCUUAAAAAGAUUCACGUAGUACACACAGUUUCCUUCAUCAAUCAAGUCAUGUGCUUAGUCAAGCCCCUCAUUCAUUCCAACCUCUAUAACCUUCUCAAUUUCUCAUCCGAAGGACCAGCCUCCGUAGUAGACGUAGAAUACUUGCCCGAAGAUUAUGGCGGCCCACUUCGAUCAGUCAAGGACCUUCAUGAGGAACAGAAACAUAGCAUGGAGACUGAAUAUAGGGAAUGGCUUAUAGAGUCGGAAAUAUUUAAAACGGACGAGACGAAAAGAAUAAAGAAGCCAAGCAAAGGGUUGUUUGCUACUCUUACUAGUUCAUUCAGGGGUAUUGAUAUUGAUUGAUCAUACUUUCCAAAAGGACAAAUAACUUCGUAGUUAUCGUUGUUUGAUUUUUUAAAUUCUAUUUCACAUUUUAUCUUGACAGUUCUAGUCUAAGAGUCUUGCUCUUCGGUCUUAUAAUAGGCUAAAAAUUGUACGAUAGUUGUUGCUAUACCAUUAUUUUUAUAUAGAAUCAACAACGUCACCAUAGUAACAAACGCGGUACUGACUUUAGUUCUAGUUUUAUAAUAAGGCGGAGUACGUUUAUAAAGGCUUGAACUAGAUUCGAUUUCUCGGAAAAAUUACCUUAUUAUUUCUUGUUACAAAACGCUGAUAUGGUAUUUUUAUAUUAAGAGGAAAUACGUAAUACGUAUAUUGAAACCCAACCAAACAUUGUACCUAUUUACAAUUUUGUUAAACUAUAAUGUCUUUAGUACAGUGUAUCCAUAAUACAUAAAACAGCCCAUGGGUAUUGGGCCUUAUAUAUUUUCUGUGUGUUAGCAUUUCCUUCUUAUUAAAACUAAUUAUUUUCCCCGGUUAUUCAAAUAAAGUAUUUUCUCAAAUCAAAUCGAUUCACCAAUUGUAUAAACUGAAAAAAAUAUAUAUCUGCCAAUUUUAACAGCUGAUGACAAAACGUGAAUGUGUAUUUUUUUGUCACGUAUUUUAUUGCAGAGCGUGUCAGCCUAGUGGAUUCUACGUGUGACUCUCCUCCCUGAGGUCAUAGGUUCGAUCCUAGGCUGGGCAGCACUGGAUUUUCUAUGUGCACAUUUAACACUCGUUCGUACUGUGAAGGUAACUGGUGUAAGAACCAUGCCUGAUACAGAAGGCUGAUUACCUACUUGCCUAUAAGAAAAAAAUAUGAUCACGAAACACAUAUAGGAAUCGGAGGGCUAGAUCUAAAAAGGUCGUAGCGCCACCAGAUUAUUAGUGUUUUUGAUUGACAUUUCUUUCAACAGAAAUAAUUGCAAUAGCAACAAUUAGUAUUUUGGAUAUAACACCCAUACUAGGUACAUAGACAAUUCUGUGUUUCUGGAACCAGUUAUAAUUACGAUAAAUUCUAAAGUAUUCUUUAGAAUUCAUGCGCUUAAUUAAGAAAAAAUUACGACUGAAAAACAUAAUUUGUAAUUUAAUAUGGACUCGUUAUUUUCUUUACUGUUCUGUGUUUUAAAAAUCAAACUAACCCUUUUUUUAUUUAUAAAACAUUUUAGGUGACAUGUUUAGAUAUACGUUAAUUUAGAUUAUUAAUUAGGUAACGGUUAGGCUUUCAUUACUGUAAAUAUCAAAUCUUGGCAUGAUGUGAGCGAACAGUUGCCAAAUUGUAGUGUACGGGUUCAUACAUUAUUAUGAGCCUGUGAUGAUAUAAAUAAAUAUUAGCCUCAUGUUUUAUAAGAAAUAAAGAUUUGUGUCUUUGUAAGAAUUUCGGGUUUCUGUAUUGGUGGCACAUUUUCCCUUUAUAAGAAUUUGACUGAAUGGUUUAAAAUUUUUAAAUGUGUUAACAUUUGAUAUGUAUUGUCAAUUUGUAUAUUAAUGUUAUAGUUACCAUAGUUUAUUAUUUAUACAUUAACGUGUAUAAUGGAAAAUUGUUGACUUGUCUGAAAAUAUUUUUGUACCUAUAGUUUUAAACGGAUCCAAAUAAUUAUUGUAAUUU